GAAGAGACGAGCGCGCUGUGACGUAAUUAUUUAAAACAAAAAUGGCGGAGAAACAUUCGGAAUCCGAAGUAGACAGUGGAGCAAGUAUUGUAGAUGUUGAGCUCUUGCAGAAAGAGGAGGUUCAAGCAACCACACGAUCAGUCAAACGAUAUUCCUCCGAAAAUAUCGCUCCACCAUCAAAAUCUCCGCGCACGGUCAUCCCAUCACCAGAGACCGAUGCACGACCAGAGACUGAGUCACAGGAGCUCGAGAGUGAAAACACAGAACUGCAAACAUGUUCAACUCCCCCGGACAGACGGAAGUCCUGGAGAAGGGCCACCAUAAACCGUCGCUCUCUCCCUGCCCUCCCCAACCCGUAUCAGGUUCUUUGCAGAAGCAUAAGCACAUUCUUGUCACAGAACGAAAGGCUGGAGAAGUUGAUGGAGGCUUCAAUGAAGAAAGCCAUUGAUAGGACCCAGUCUUCUCUUCAGACAGCAGCACACUACUCUAUGGAAUCAUUUCAAAUCAAAAUUGAUGAAAUGCUAAAAGAAUGGGAUUGCCUGGCCAGAAGUAUACAGAGUGAUUCUCAUUCUAAUGGUGAUGCAACUUGUUCAGAUGAUCCUUCAAUUCAAAAAUCGAUGGAGAAAAUUAAGAACGCAAUUAGCAGACUUGAGAUGGAAAAAGAAUCAUGGGAAACAUUGCUGAAUAAACACCGGGACAAAGCAGAGCAGUUGGAAAGGAAAGUACAAAAAGGCCAAGAAACUGGUAUCACACCUGACGCUGCAUCCCUGGCUCAGUCGUCUCAAUAUCGAGUCAUCAAGAGCAAACCCGACUAUAACCUUUUCCUCAGCAGACAGCAACCCAGGCUUCAGACCAUGGCCCUCAUUAUGGAUACUCAGUGUAAAAUGGUUAAAAACCUUCUUUCAAUCAGAAACCAAUCAAAGUUGGUAGUGACAGAGACCAGUGGACAAUUGGCUGCAGAAUCAGGAUUGCCGGAGCUUUCGUCUGACCUGGUCAAGAGUCUAAUCACACAACCUUUGGCCUCUGCAAUGCAAUAGACUCAAAUCAAUAAUCAAUGGACCACAGCUCUAUGGCUCUCUGACAUCCGUGCGACCUCUAUUAUCUACUUACUGGUGGAUUUUUACUUUUAUUACGUUGUAGUUUAAAAAUAUGUUAA